AUGACGGAGACGGUGGUGCGACUUGGCCCUCAGGAGUACGCCCACCUCACGAAUUUGAACACCAACACGACCGAGCUUAUCCUCGGGCCACUGAAUCGCCCCGUUGCGUCCCACGAGUCGGUUGCGCUGCCUCCCACGAAGUUUGUAGUGGUGCCGCCAACACAGUACUGCCUGGUCGCCAACCCGCACCGCACCGCCGUUGACCCGGCCACCGGCAUCGCACAGCCGGUACGAGACGCGUAUGGGCAGGUGCAGGUGCGCUCUGGCGAGGAGGAGUACCGCUGGCACGUGCCGCCUUUUCCUCUCUAUCCCGAGGAGGCGGUGGUAAAAAUAGAGGAUCUCAAAGUCCUCUCGGCGCGGACUGCGCUGCAGAUUCAGGUGCUCACCGCCUACAACGUGCCGGUAUGCAGCGCCAGCAACUCGUCGCCAUCCCCGGUUCGCCGCGAAGCUGGUGAGCGCUACCUCUUCUGCGGCCCCGGCACCUACUACCCCCGCGUUGAGGAGCGCAUCGAGGACGAGGUGACGGCCUACACGGUCGAGCGUGGCUCAGCGCUGUGGUGCACGACAAGCGAGACUUUCACGGACAGCGUGACGGGUCUGAAGCACUACGCCGGCGACAAGUACAUGUACGUUGCUGAAGGGAUGCACUUUUUGCAGCCCUUUGAGAGCCUUCAGCGCUUCGCGGAGGGCAUCGUGUUUGGCACCGAGGAGGGGUUACAUGUGCAGCCGACCAAGACGUAUGCCGACCCCCGCACCCCGUUUCGCGAAAAGGGUAUCACUCGGAAGGCAAACGAGCCAUUCCUGGUCACGGGCGAUAUGUGCCCCUGCUUUGUGCUGCACCCCUACGACAAGCUGCUGAAGACGGUGAGGCGCACGCACGUGACGGCCUCGCAGUACGCCGUCAUUCUCAACUCCGUCGGCGACGACGGCAACGCGGGCGGUGGUGCGCGCAGGAUCGUCACGGACGCGUCUUUUUUCCUCAUGCCGGGCGAGACGCUGGAGAAGGAUUAUCCGCGAUCCGCCUACCUACUUUGCGAGCAGGAAGCAGUGCUUGUGACAGCGCUGGGCAACUUCACGGACUCGUCCUGCACGCCGCCGGUGCAGCGCUACGACGGAGAUCGGUGGCUGGUGCAGGGCCCCUGCUCCUUCAUUCCGUCGGACCUCAUGCGUGUCGUUCCCAACGCAAAGACUGGCGCGGAGGUGCGGCGACCCUACCUGCUCAGUGAGGGGGACGGCCUGUACGUCCGGAACAGCGUCACUGGCGUGGUGCGGUGCAUCCCAGGCCCGUGCAGCUACCUGCUGACCGCCGAGGAGGAGGUGUGGGAAAAGCCACUCUCCGCGCAGGUGGAGCGGCACCUGGCGCAGCUAGUCAGCCACGCUGCCUACAUUGAGCUCGAGCGUGACAAAGAGCGAAAGGUGCUGCAGGGGCAGACGGAACGGGCAGUAUCCUACCACAUUCCCUAUCGAAGCGUGACACAGCUUUACAACUACAAGACACAGAUGACGCGUAUCGUCUUUGGGCCGGAUCGCGUGCUCCUUGAACCGGACGAGGCCUUCACGGUGGUGUCGCUCUCCGGCUCCCCGUGGGAUCCCGCGAAGCCAACAAAGUGUAUGCCGAAGCAGACACACUACAUCACCGCCCUGCACCUCUUCCUCGGCCCCUCCAAUAUGACAGACGUUGUGCACGUCGAGACGCGUGACCACGCGCAGCUCGCCCUGCAGCUCUGCUAUGACUGGUACUUUGACGUCACCCCCGGCGACACGGAGGCGGCCAAGGAGUGCUUCAGCGUGAACGACUUUGUGGGCGACGCGUGCUCUUACAUUGCCAGCCGCAUCCGUGCCGCCGUCGCCUCCAUGCCGUUCGAGGAGUUCCACAAGAACAGCGCGCGGUGCCUGCGGCGUGCCGUGUUCGACGUGAAUCCCGCCACCGGCCAGCCGAAUGGCUUCCUCCGUUUUCCAGCGAACCACCUCGUCGUCACGUCGGUGGAUACGCAGGAGAUGGAGGUGCUCGAUGAGCGCACACGGCAGGGACUGCAGAAGUCCGUGAAAAUGGCGAUUGAAAUCACCACCCACGCGCAGGAGGCCGAGGCGCAGCAGGUGGCCAUGGCGCGUGAGCAGGAGGCGCGUGGGCGACUUGAGCGACAGCGAAUGCACGAUAAGGUGGCCAACGAGGAGCAGCGGCGCGUGCUGCUUGACGCGGAGAGCAACGGGCUUGCCAUUGUCAGCUCCGGCAAGUCCAAGGCCAUAGCAGAGGCGCUGUCCUCCGCCUCACGCAUCGAGAGCGAGGCCUCGGUUGAGGCGGCCACCGUACGGGCUGCCAAGGAGUUGCUGCUCUACAACACCAUGAACGAGAUGCAGAACAGGAAGCGGCUGCUGCUCGCCGACCAGGAGGAGAAGGUGGCCGCGAUAACGCUGACCUACGAAAAGGCGCUUGAGGAGGUGCGACACACGCUAAUGGGCAGGGUGGUUGCAGCGCUGGGGCCGGAGACGAUUGCGGAGAUCGCCAGGGCCGCGCCCGAGCUACAGGCGAAGCUGCUGGCGAGUCUCGGGCUGGAGGGCUACCUUGUGACGGAUGGCAGCUCGCCCAUCAACCUCUUCAAGGCAGCGAGCGGCCUUGUUGGACAUGCCUGA